AAACGCAAGGCACCCGAGCCACCACCCCACACCCCCGUUCCCAAGCAAUUAAAAAGCCAGCCGGAGGAGGCGAAGCGGAAGGUGGGGGAGGAAAUCGGAAGCGAUCAGAGCGGAGAGCAAGCUUGCUUGCUUGCCCGAAUCCCCAAUCCCCAUCCUCCCUCUCUCGCCACCGAUGGACCAGCUCGUCAAUUUCAUCAUCCGCCCGCCCAGAGCUGACUACAGUCCUAAUGACGAUCUGUUAGAACAGGAGUUUAUGCUGAAGGGGAGAUGGUUCCAGAGGAAAGACUUGGAGGUGAUAUGGUUUUUAUAUACUGCAAUAUGAUGAUAAACAGACUAAAAUCAGGCUGUGAACCUCUAAAUCUCUUGGCACUGUACUAGUUAUUUUGCACAAUUUUUGGGGAAAAAGGUGCCCUGUGGACUGGUGACCUGCUAGACGAACAAUAAAGCUGGUGCAAAUGCAGGACUAACAAAGGAUAUCAAUAUACUUGCUUUUCAGGAUAUCCAGUAAUAAUGCAUAUUGUUUGAGGGAUAAUAAAAUGUAUGGAUUCAUACAUUAAAAUAUUACGUAAAUGAGUAGUGAUAUAGGUCUAUAUGAGAUAUUUCUGUUUUACUUGUUUACUCACUGAAACUGCUUGACUGAUAUUAAGUUGUUCAUGUGAUUUCCACUUUUUUUGACUGUUGAUCGUUGAUAUGCAACUGUUGAAUUUCGAAUAUAUGAUACGGACAUACGGUGGUUGGUGGAUGAGAACUAAACAUGAUCGUUACUUUCUCUUCUUUAUUUGUUCUUCUAUUUAUGUGCCUCAUAACAUCCAUUCCAUCUUUCAAUAUAUCUGUUACCAUUAUGCACUUGCUGUUUUCCUGCUAUACAGUGAUAGAAGAAGGCUGGUGCCCAUGUUAAAGCACCACUUUUCUAUUUAAGUCUUUGCGUCAUGCUAUAGCAUAUUCACUAGAAUAUCCUUGUAUUGUAUUAGUGUCAUGUUAAGUCUUUAUGUUAUGUUAAGGGUCUAGUAGCAUAUUCCCUAGAAUAUGCAGUUGGAGUCUAUAUAUAUGUAAGACUGCCCUUUGGGCCUUGGUUAAUGAAAUUGAUCCAUUUUGGGCCAACAUACAGUAAUAUAUAACGAAACUGAUUUACAGCCUUUCGAAAUUUAAUUGGGUAGAUUAUUUGCCCAUAAUGGACAAAAGUAAUCGGGUAACUUAUGCAGUUUUGCCAAGAUUUUAUCUGUAUGAUUAAAUAUGCUUACUAUUUCUUUUUCAGGUCAAAAAUGGCCUGGGCAAGAAAUUGCAAUGUAGUCAUUAUAUGCCUGUUGUGAUUCCUGAAGGAAAUGCUCUCCCUUGUGUCAUAUACUGUCAUGGUAACAGGGUCUGGACUCUCUGAAGGAGAACAUGUCACUUUAGGCUGGAAUGAGAAAGAAGAUCUGAAAGCUGUUGUUAACUAUUUGCGUACAGAUGGAAAUGUAUCUUGCAUAGCUUUAUGGGGUCGCUCAAUGGGUGCUGUCACAAGUCUAAUGUAUGGAGCGGAGGAUCCAUCAAUUGCUGGAAUGGUUCUUGAUAGUCCAUUCUCCAACUUGGUUGACUUGAUGAUGGAGCUAGUGGACACGUACAAAUAUCCACUGCCAAAAUUCACGGUCAAACUUGCAAUACAACAUAUGCGAAAGAUUGUCAAGAGGAAAGCUAAUUUUGACAUCAUGGAUCUUGAUACUAUUCAGGUAGCAAAACGUUGUUUCGUUCCUGCUUUGUUUGGACAUGCAACUGAGGAUGAUUUUAUACUUCCCCACCAUUCAGACAAGAUAUAUGAAUCAUAUAUGGGCGACAAAAACAUCAUAAAAUUUGACGGGGAUCACAAUUCACCGCGUCCUCAAUUUUACUUUGACUCAAUUACAAUAUUUUUCCAUAAUGUGCUAAACCCUCCUGAAGUGGCUGAGGAUCAUUAUUUCAUGACGCCACAUGGCAGCCUUGGUCAGGGUCAUUGGGAUACAGAGCAUGACAUAGAAUAUAGGUUUGCUCAAUCACCCACAGGAACAGCCCAUGCAACUACCACUGAAGAUGCCAUUGCGCAGUUGCGUUCUAGAAGGCUCAUGAGUAGAAUGGAGGUCCCAUCUGGUGCCACCACAGAAGAUAGGGCCGACCAAACUGAGGGAUUGGAUAGCGACGUUGGUCCCUCCUCAUCUAGCGUAUCAACAGCAACCCCUCCCAAUGGUCGCAACGGAAGGCUGCUCACUCCAACCUCUGAUGAUGGCGAGUAUGUGGAGUACUCAUUUGAUAGCUUAUCAGAUAUGCCUUACACCGUGGAAGAUGAAGAUAGAAUGCUGAUGCGAGCAAUUCUUGAAUCACUGAAGGACUAUGAACAGUCAAAUACAAAAAAUGCACAAUCAGCUGCAUCUGAUGCUGCAUCCAAAGAGAAUAAUAAUACCGUAAAAGAUUGCAACGGUGUGGCAGAUGCAGCACUGGAGCCAGAUGCUCCUGGCAAGCAUACUACUGUCUGCAACAGUGGAGCAAAAGCAGGUGCAGAGCAAAGUGCGGAUAGCCAGGCUGUAGACAACACUUCUUCUGCCAAUGCUUCUGGCUCUUCAGAGCCCCCAGCGUCAACACAGAUUACCAAUGGGAAGUCUAUCUCAGUGGAAUCCCAGAAAACGACUCAAGAUGUCAAUGGAGAGGAUGGCACAAGAGCUACUCUGGUAGUUCAGAAGAACCGGAGCGGUGGCCUGAUAGAUGGUUUGACACAAAAGUGGGGUUCCUUCUUCAAGAACAAUGACUGAGAUGAGCAGAGUACACGAAUAACCCCCUUGACAAUACGUGUUCCAGUGUGUUAAUAGACAUAGAGUUGCCUUUGGCUGAUGUCCAGCUUGAUUCAUUUUACGUGUAAAAUGGAAAGGAAACUGAUGGUUUCAGGAUGUUCGUGUAUAUAUAGAACUAGGAAUUGUAGCUCCCCAAUUGAUUGUAUAUCAUGCGUCAAAACACUGACUACUUUGGUUCUGGUGAAUUGGCAAGCCUUUCCUGCCGAUGGGUUGUAACAAAAUUGAAAAGCUCAUUAUUUUGUAGUCGUGUUUGUGGUUUUUUAUUUC